AUGGCAUCGACAACCGCCCCCGCGCCCGCGCCGCCCGCUCUGCUCAUCACCGUCCGCUUCUCCAACGGCCUGCCCGACCUAGCCACCGACGUGCCCUCGCCGCACACCACCACGGUGCUCGCCUUCAAGCACGGCCUGCGCGCGCGCAUCGCCUCGCGCAGCCGCCUGCGCCUCAUCUACCAGGGCCGCAUCCUCGCCGACGCCGCCUCCCUCGCCAGCGUCCUCAAGCCGCUGCCCGCCGCGCCGCCGCCUCCGCCGGCGGACCCCAAGGGCAAGGCCGUCGACAAGCCGCUCCCCGUCCGCGUCUACCUCAAUUGCUCCAUCGGCGAUGAGCUCAGCACCACCGAGCUCGACGCCGAAGAAGUCGCUGCCGCCGAACCCCCCAAAGGCGACGGCAGCACCGGCGGUGCGGGCGAGGCGUCGGCGUGGAAGAAGCCGCGCCCCCGGGGCUUCGAUCGCCUCCUCCAGGCGGGCUUCACGCAGUCGGAAAUCGCGACGCUGCGCACGCAGUUCGCGUCCAUCCACACGGAGCGUUUCGCCUCGGACGCCAUGCCCUCCCCGGACACGAUGCGCGGCAUGGAGGACGCCUGGAUCGACGGCAACGCCGGCGAGCUGCCCUCGGCCGCCAGCCCCCUCGAGGACGACAUCACCAACAUGUCCACCGUCCUCGACAUCAUGAUCCGCGCCAUGAUGAUUGGCUUCUUCUUCCCCCUCGGCAGCAUCACCUGGCUGCUGCGCCAGGACGUCUGGGGCGAAAAGUGGCGCAUCUUUGUCGGCUCCGGCGUCGUCCUGAGCCUGACGGUUGGCAUCUUCAUGACCAUGGGUAGCGAGCGGUAG